AUGUUUUCCAGCCACAAAACCCCUGCAAAGGCGCAGCGUGACGGAUACGACGAUGAGCAGCACCUUGUCGCUGCGGUAUCGGAGUUCAAAAAAGUAGAGGCUUCAAAUCAAUCCAUGGUGGAUCAACUACACCAACGACUCGCAUCUCCGUUCCAAGUGACAACGAAGCCGUGUGAAGCAGGCCGGGCAGCAGUGCUACAGUGCUAUCAGCAGCUGCAAGGCUCCUCGGCGGUCACAACUAGCAACGCAGCGUCGUCGACAUCGCCUGCGCCGCCGCCGGGAGCACACAGCGACAGCAAGAGCGCCAACUUAGCCCCCGAUGAAGCGUGGCUCUCAAUUCCAUAUCAGCAGUGCUACGAGACCGCGCUGGCAUAUCACCAGUGCGUGGAGGACACGCUAGCAACGCACUUAGCCCUCGUCGCUGCCUUUGAGCAGCGUAGGACCCAGCAGAAGAUAGGCCAUCAAUCAGUCGUGAAGGCCCAAGAUAAGCCACAGUGA